AUGGCAGACAGAUCUCGCACACCGUCGAGCCAUAGCCAUGGCAGGCCGGCUGUUACUCAGGACAAGACGGUUGAACACGCUACAGGAACGCUCGAGAUCACGGACUUCUUCUCCGAUGCCUUCAUCCUCGCAUUCAUCGCCGCACCUGCCAUCAUCAUCGUCAUCGCCGUCAUCACAUCAGCAUUCUCACAGUCGGCCAUCAUCCUCCCAACCGCCCUCAUAUUCGACCAUCCGGAGUCUACCCAUCUUUCCUUCUCCGCCACAGGAUUCCGCCUCUCUCAAGUUCCGCAAUCUCCUCCACGUCCUCUCGGUAACGCCGAUGAAGUGCCCCUUGAUAGACUGUACGCAGAGGCAGAGGAGGAGUGUCAGAUUCUGCAAGCGGAGGCGGCUAGCAUGGGUGAGAACGUGAAGCCCACCUGGGGAUACCAGGACUGCGUCAUCAAGGCGCUAUUAAGAUGGUUCAAACGCUCAUUCUUCCAAUUCAUAAACAACCCACCUUGCUCCAGAUGCUACCGACCAACCCUCCUACAGGGAAUGACCCCUCCAACUCCGGACGAAACCGCCCGGGGAGCCACCAGGGUCGAGCUCUACAUCUGCUCAGAGCCGUCCUGCGCCGGCCUUGAGCGAUUCCCCCGAUACUCAGACGUCUGGACCUUGUUACAAUCGAGACGCGGCAGAGUAGGUGAAUGGGCCAAUUGCUUCAGUAUGCUGUGCAGAGCAGUCGGCGGUCGGGUACGAUGGGUCUGGAAUUCAGAAGACCACGUCUGGACCGAAGUCUACUCUGAACACCAGAAGCGAUGGAUUCAUGUCGACGCCUGCGAAGAGGCGUGGGACAACCCCCGUCUCUACACAGAGGGCUGGAACAGAAAAAUGGCAUACUGCAUUGCCUUUUCUAUCGACGGCGCCACCGACGUCACUCGACGCUAUGUUCGCAACCCAUCUAAACACGGCCUCGACCGAUCUCGCGCCCCAGACGAAGUACUACUCUGGGUAAUCCACGAGAUCCGCCGCAUGCGUCGUGAGAACCUCUCCAAAGAAGAAAGACGACGAAUAAUGAAGGAGGACGAACGUGAAGAGCGUGAGCUACGAGGAUACGUGGCACAAAGUAUUGCGACAGAAUUAAGCCGAUUGAACCCCAACGGCACUUCGGCGCCGGUUGCCGGUGACGAGAUUAAAGUCCCUGUUUCUGCUGCAGCAACCACAACAGGGCAGAGCGGAGUUGAGAGGACAGGACAGCCGAAUCCAGACCAGUCAAGGAGGCAUCGGUGA